AUGGCGGUAGGGAUUCUAUUCCUUCAAACUAAGAACCCACAGUGGGCUUUCCACUGCCUGUUCGGUGAAAUUUCCUUGACUCAAAGGCCCCAUGGUAGCAUCGCAUCCGGAGACUUGCUGACAGGUCUCUCUGUCUAUGGCGUCGAUCAGGCCCAGUGUGGAUUGCCAAUCAUCGGACGCAUGCUUUCUGCUGAUCCUUUUUACGUGAUAAUUUUCUUGAUGAACCCCGGACUUCUGUCUGAGUUGUGCUUGACACUUGGCGAAUGGCGAGAAUCGCGAUUGCGGGCUCCUGGAUCCAGUAGCUUCGCAGUUGAUGCGGCUAGAUGCAGCUGCCACUACCACCUAAUAAGAUCCAGGAUCCGUACGCAAUGCAACGCAUCUGAGGGGAAGGGUGAGAGAUGGAAAAUCCAAGGGGGAACAGGCGCUGUACGGAGGAAACAAGGAAGCGUAAUUCUCAGCCGCGCUUUUACACAGCGUGAACCAGGGACCCUCAGAUUAUGCAUGGAGAGGCUGCGUAGUCCAACCAGAUGGGAAGAAUUGCUCUCGACGAUCCCUCUUUUUCAGAAACGACUCAUGCAUGCUUACUUUCUCAACGCCGCAUCAGCCCAGCGAUCCGAUCUCUGGCGGUCCGGCUCUGCUGAGGGGCAAUGUGAUGCAUCUCUCGGGCUAGGUCCCAGGAAUGCAGCAGCAGCAGCAGAAGCAGCAGCAGAAGCUAGAAGGCUUCCUUUCACUUGCGUCGUCGUCGCUGAGGGCAUCCCCAUAUUGUCGAAGAGAAUAAAUCCCCGAGCAAAGGGAUUUGGAAUUUGGGAAUUGGCUGCAGCCUUUGCUGGGAUGGGCCCUCUUGACAGAGACCGGGGUUGGCAGCAGCAGCAAAAGCAGCAACUCCUCGUCGCCCCUGUGCGCCCUCCCCGAACAAACCCAAGCAAGAACACGCGACUAAAGAACGGGUACAGAAUAGGUAGGCAGCCUCCAAAAGCCUCAGUAUAA